AUGAGCGGCCUACGCUUUCUUGACUUGAUCAAGCCCUUUACGCCCCUCCUCCCGGAGGUGGCAGCUCCUGAGACCAAGGUGCCCUUCAACCAGAAGUUGAUGUGGACUGGUCUCACCCUCUUGAUCUUCCUGGUCAUGAGCCAAAUGCCUCUCUACGGUAUCGUGUCCUCCGAUACCUCCGACCCCCUGUACUGGCUGCGUAUGAUGCUGGCCAGUAACCGGGGUACCCUCAUGGAGUUGGGUAUCACCCCCAUCAUCUCCUCCGGCAUGGUCUUCCAGCUCCUUGCCGGUACCCACCUUAUCGAUGUCAACCUGGAUCUCAAGACCGACCGCGAGCUCUACCAGACCGCGCAGAAGCUGUUCGCCAUCAUCCUCGCCUUUGGCCAGGGCUGUGUCUACGUCCUGACUGGUCUCUAUGGCCAGCCCAGUGACCUGGGCGCUGGUAUCUGUGUUCUCCUGAUUGUCCAGCUGGUUGUUGCCGGCCUGGUUGUCAUUCUGCUUGAUGAGCUGCUCCAAAAGGGCUAUGGUCUUGGUAGCGGUAUCUCCCUGUUCAUUGCCACCAACAUCUGCGAGUCCAUCGUCUGGAAGGCUUUCUCCCCUACCACCAUCAACACUGGCCGUGGCCCCGAGUUCGAGGGUGCGAUCAUUGCCCUGUUCCACCUGCUCCUGACUUGGCCCGACAAGCAGCGCGCGCUGUAUGAGGCCUUCUACCGCCAGAACUUGCCUAACGUGAUGAACCUGCUGGCCACUCUGCUCGUCUUCGCUGCCGUCAUCUACCUCCAGGGCUUCCGUGUUGAGAUCCCCGUCAAGUCUGCCCGCCAGCGUGGCAUGCGCGGCUCCUACCCUGUCCGCCUUUUCUAUACCUCGAACAUGCCCAUCAUGCUCCAGUCCGCCCUUAGCUCCAACAUCUUCCUGAUCAGCCAGAUGUUGUACUCUCGCUUCUCGGACAACCUGCUCGUCAGACUUCUCGGAGAGGCUCUCCUCGACCCCAUCCACACUGCUGCCUAUAUUACCUUCAUGUUGGUCGCCUGCGCGCUUUUCUCCAAGACCUGGAUUGAGGUGUCCGGCUCUGCUCCCCGUGAUGUUGCCAAGCAGCUCAAGGACCAGGGUCUUGUCAUGUCCGGUCACCGUGAGCAGAGCAUGUACAAGGAGCUCAAGCGUGUUAUUCCCACUGCGGCUGCUUUCGGUGGUGCCUGCAUUGGUGCUCUGUCCGUCGCUUCCGACCUUCUCGGCGCCCUGGGCAGCGGCACUGGUAUUUUGCUUGCCGUGACCAUCAUCUAUGGCUACUUCGAGAUUGCCGCCCGCGAGGGUGACAUCGGUGCUGGUCUGAAGGGUCUUGUCCCUGGCAGCUAA